CGCGCUUUAUUGGGCCAGCUUCAUUCCCAGCUGUAGAAGAACUCGCCAUCAGCUGGGGGGGUUUGCAUCAAGUACCACCUUGGUGGCCAAAACAUCGUGUCAUUUUUUUUUUUUAGCAAACGGGGGGGUGGGGAAAAGUGCAUUGUGCAAAGUGUUGGAUAUUUAACAAAAAAACUGCAGAGUGUCUCUUUUGUCGCGGCCAGGCAGGCGACAAAGGAGCAAUAACAUCACAUCGAAACCCCGGCAAACAAAGAGGUGCUUUUCUCAACGUCAACAUUUUUCCCCCAUAUUCCUUAGUGAUGAGUCAUGUGUCCGUCGAGAAUGUCCACGGUCUAGAACAGCAGCUUGCUGUCCUAGACUUGACUGCAGCGGACGGACAAGGUGGCGGCACCAACAGACGAUACAUUCCCCCCCAUUUACGGAACAACGAUGGUCCCAAAAAUGCAGGAAAUGCGUUUGUUGCUGCUCGACAGGGCGGUUACACCAUCGCUCCUGCCGCCGCCUUCGGUUGGGAUGCAAGCCGUGGCAACUUUGUCAACGGCUUCCAUGACAACCGCAUGACUGGCAGCAACACAUAUAACCGUGGCCCGCCUCGCAUGGAGCGGGGUCGAGGGGGCUUGGCUGGAGGCGGCUACCGUGGCAACAGGGCCGGAGCCUUCAAUCCCAUCAACACUGCUCAGCCGAUUGCUUUCGGGUUGUACGAAAACAAAGAUGCUGGUGGGUGGAACACCGCCAAGGACGCCUAUAGCAGCUUCGGAAACAACAGAGGAAAGUCUGCAUUUUUCAAUGACCGAAGCAAUGCUAAUCGUGGACGGUUCGACCACGGUGGGUAUAGUGGUGGCGGAGGCGGAAACAGCCGCUGGGUAGAGGAGGUCAGAGAUGACGGAGACUGGUCCAAACCAACGCCACUCAAUGAACGCCUUGAGCAUGAGCUGUUCUCUGCCAGCAACACUGGGAUUAAUUUUGAGAAAUACGAUGACAUUCCUGUUGAGGCCACUGGACAGAACUGCCCUCAUCACAUCGAAAGUUUCCAGGAUAUAGACAUGGGCGAGAUUGUCAUGGGCAACAUUGGGCUGAGCCGCUACACCCGACCUACCCCUGUCCAGAAAUAUGCCAUUCCUAUCGUAAAGUCCAAGAGAGACCUAAUGGCCUGCGCACAGACUGGUUCUGGGAAAACAGCAGCAUUCCUCCUACCAAUUCUUAGCCAGAUCUAUGCUGAGGGACCAGGAGAUGCCCUCAAUGCAGCUAAAGCCUCCGGGCAGGAAAACGGAAAGUAUGGCCGUCGCAAGCAGUACCCCAUUUCUCUGGUCCUGGCCCCAACUCGAGAGCUGGCCCUGCAGAUAUACGACGAGGCGCGGAAGUUUUCCUACCGAUCCAAAGUGCGUCCCUGCGUCGUGUACGGAGGAGCAGACAUCGGCCAGCAGAUCCGAGAACUGGAGAGGGGGUGUCAUCUGCUGGUCGCGACGCCUGGGAGGCUGGUAGACAUGAUGGAGAGGGGCAAGAUUGGACUGGAUUACUGCAAAUACCUUGUUCUUGAUGAAGCCGAUCGAAUGUUGGACAUGGGCUUUGAGCCUCAGAUACGGCGCAUCGUUGAACAGGACACCAUGCCUCCUAAAGGCACCCGGCAGACCAUGAUGUUCAGCGCGACCUUUCCCAAAGAGAUCCAGAUUCUGGCCAGGGAUUUCCUAGAUGACUACAUCUUCCUAGCGGUGGGCAGAGUGGGCUCCACCUCUGAGAACAUCACUCAAAAGGUGGUGUGGGUGGAAGAGAGCGACAAGAGGUCUUUCCUCCUGGACUUGCUGAGUGCGACAGUCAUCCCCAGCGAAGUGCAGGACAAUCCUGGAGACAACAUGGAGAAGCCUGGAAAGGACUCGCUGACUCUGGUUUUUGUGGAGACCAAAAAAGGAGCUGACGCCUUGGAAGACUUCCUAUACCGGGAGGGCUACGCCUGCACCAGUAUCCACGGUGACCGCUCCCAGAGGGACCGAGAGGAGGCCCUAAGCCAGUUCCGAUCUGGGAAAUGCCCCAUCUUGGUGGCCACAGCGGUUGCAGCCCGUGGUCUUGAUAUCUCCAACGUGAAACACGUCAUUAACUUUGACCUACCAAGCGACAUAGAAGAGUAUGUCCAUCGCAUUGGACGCACAGGACGAGUGGGAAACCUGGGACUGGCCACAUCCUUCUUUAACGAUAAGAACGGGAACAUCACUAAAGACCUGCUGGACAUCCUGGUGGAAGCCAAACAGGAAGUUCCCUCAUGGCUCGAGAGCCUGGCUUACGAGCAUCAGCAUAAGAGCAGCAACCGUGGACGCUCUAAAAGGUUUGCUGGUGGUUUUGGAGCGCGUGACUACCGUCAGACGGCUGCUGGAAGCAACCCAGGAGGCUUUGGAGGCCGGGGCGUUCGCAACCAGGCGGGACACGUCGGAGCUCGCAACUUUGCAGGAGGUGGCUUCGGAACCUUCUACACCAGCGACGGCUAUGGCGGCAACUACUCGCACUCUCAAGUUGACUGGUGGGGCAACUAGGUGGUUCUCUCUCUCUCUCUCUCUUCCUCACCUCCCCACUCAACUUUCUUCCUUUCUCAGCUCUGUCUUCUUCACUCCAUCUGUGCCCUCCAUCAACAUUUAGAACCUAUGUGCAUGCUAUUAAGGUAUUUAUACUCAUGAUAUAGCCCCCCCAACACCACCACAUACACCCUUCCAUUUCUGGACGAUGUAAUCUAAAUUAAUUUCAUGGUAAAUCUCACAACAGACUACAUAGCAAACGGAUUCUUCCAUUUCAUUUGGCUACAUUCCCCCUAAGGGGGAAUCUUUUCCUUGUGGCACUAUUCAUAUUAGAGUUUUGGCAUCAUCAUGUUUUAGUUCUGCCUUUUAACUCAAAGGCACAGAGGCUUCCUGUGGCUCCAUAGCAGCCACCUUUGUGUUACGUGCAUGGCCACCUUGCGAGUAGAAACCACAGCAUGGAGACAUGAAACUAAGUCAGGCUUAGGAACUGGCUGAGGCCACCAUCUGGAAGAUAAUCUACCAUUUUUUUAAAACUUUUUUUUAAUUUCUUUUUUUAAAAGUGCAGAUGUACAGAUGUCUUAGAAUGAUGUCUAAGACCCAAUAAACUCUUGAGAUGGAAUUUAGUAACCAAGCAAGCAUUUUUUGCCCAUCACUUGAAAAUGUUAGCAAACCGAAUGAUAGGACUUAGGGUGAUAAAAAAAAAAAAAAAACAACAGAUAAUUUGUUUCUGCACUGUGCCUUCAAGAUUUCAUUCUGUUCUGCAACUAAAACCUAUAUUUAACGUCACAUAUCGGUUCCAACAUGUUCUCUUGAGUUCUCUUUGGAAGGAAACAAGCUAGACUUGAGCUAAAUCAAACCUUGGCAAAACUAAACAAAAAAACAACAAAAAACCUAAAACUGCGCCGAACAAACUCCGUGAUCCAGUUCCCAAAAGCAUAAAACCUCCUGCUGCAGGAUUUGUGCUUUUAGAAACCUGUUGGGAUGUCAGUCCUGCAGCUCUGCUGUGAGCUUGGAGUCAGGUUCCUCGCAUCGUUGCCAAAAAGUUGGGUUUUCGCGAACCGGGCCACUGAGGGGGAGUCGGGCUUAGCAGUGCAAAUCUGACCUUGUCGCUGCUGCGGUGUUCAAUUCCGUCCAUCAGUGCCUGCGUUUGUCGGGAACCUGACUCCUCCUCCACACACAAACUUGGAAACCCUUGUCGGCCAAACAAAUCUUUCAAGGAGAAACACAACCUAAAAGACUCAAAGAGAUCUAAAAUUCCUUGCUCACUCUAUCCUGGAGAGUCACAUAAAGAGUUUUCUCUUCAGAAAACAAAGUCAUUCCAGUAUUGCUUUGGGUGUUUUGGGUCCGUCUUGGUCGGGGAUGAACGCACACGUCGGGCCUAAGUGCUUUCAGGCAGGCCGAUAAAGUUUGUUUACAUUUGGAGGUUUGAGAUUGGCACGGACCGUGGUUUCUUUCCAACCACACCAUGACGACGUUCUAGUCCUGCUGCGGACCCUGGCCAAGUCCCCGUGCAUUCCGAGCGUGAAGUCAUCUAAAGAUCUUAAGCGAACGAUCAUGUAGGUGAUAUGUAAAUAGUAGAGCUCUAUUUAAGAUACAAAGAUAAGAAGAGGAGGUGAAACAUGCUACAUCACUUUCGGACCAGACAUUUGAUUCCUAACGUUCUCAGAAAAUUGCCCGCUGGCUUUGAUUGGAAGAGCCAGGCUGUGGACCAAGACAAUAGGGCAUAUGCAAGUGUUGUUGUUUUUUUUUGGUCAAGCAAUUCUUUUAGAAAUGCAAAGCAAGUAUCGCGAUUCCCGAGCAGGUUUUAGUUUGGCUCCCCCGUCCCCUGUGUAUUUUAACAAAAAUUUAAAAGUGCAUUUCAAUAGGAGAAUGAGUUUGUUGGAAGAUUUGUGAACAUUUAAAAAACCAGUACAAAGCAGCGGUUGUUUAACUGUAGGAGCUGGUCAUGUACCUGCAAACAAAAUGAUGGACAGACUCUCCAUCUGUGUGGUGUUAGUUUUUUUCUCACAGAAAACUCUUUCUUUUUGUCCUCGUGGUUUGAUGCAGAUGAAACGAACAAUGGCGACCGGAACUGUGUUGGGUUUGGAUAAUGCUGAACGCUCGACACUAAGUAGACGAUGCAAAUGACAAUCUGUUGUCGAGGACUUCAAUCUUUGUUUGAUCGAUUGCACUUUCCCCACAUUUUUGGGUACACCUUCACUUUUUAAGGCCGAUGCACACGUCAGUUCCUGUACCCCGAAAUCCCGACUUCUUCCCCUCAUACAGAGCUCGUUCAACAGAGACCCUUUUCGUGGCUUGCUUGCGCUUUGCCAUCACAAACUCCUCGGUGCCUUGCGAUGACUCCGUAGAGACUGAAGAGUGUGUGUGUGUGUGUUGUAAAGGCUGCGUUUUUCGUUUCACACAGUUGUUCCUUUUCGGAUUGCUUCAGCUGCUGGUUUGAUGUCUCAGAAACCUGCAACUUCAACACUGUUCCUUCCUUGCAGGUUAGCCUGCUAUUCUUAGCAUUUCACUCCGAGCACUUAUGGACGUGCCAAUUGCACAGUCGCUCGCGUGUAGCCGAGGGCUCUGUUGUCGUUUUAUCCCCCCCGUGUCUGUAAUCGCCAUUUGGUGGUAAGAGUGUGGUCCAUUGCAAUUCAUGAUACGCCUCAGUUUGUUCUCAACCUUUUGAUGCCUUAAAUUCAAGAGGGAUCUAAUACAAGUGGUGGUUGCACUUUAUACAGUGGAACCAUGACGUUGGCUGCGUCUGGCACCACCGAGGCAGAGAACCCAACGCUUCUGUGGUAACGAGGAACGAUUUAAUGGUGCUAAGCUCCCUUUGCUGCGGCCCUCAGGCCUUUCUGUUUGUAGAGACUGAGAAUCCUACUUAGUUUUACCGGGAAGAAGAAGAAAAACAACAAAAAACUUCCGACAAAUCCUGUAGCAGAGUUCCUUCAACGCCUCUGAAGAGGUGCGUAUGAGUGAAUGUUUUAGUCGUGAAAGAACGACUCUUUCAUAGUGACGUGUGUGCGAAAGGAUGCGAGUCGCCCACCGGUUUGAGUUGUAGUUAAUUAACAAUGGCAAGAUCCAGCUGUUUGCACCCAGAGUUCUCGAGUCUACGAUCGCGCUGCUAGUUUGUGUAAUUUAUCAGACAUUUUUGAGAAAUAUUUAUUUUUAUAAGCCUAGUUCAAAUGUUUAAAGAAAAAAAACAAAAAAAAAUAUAACAAGUGACUUGACCAAAAGACAGUGAACAAAAACACUGGCACAUGAAUGUUGAAUGUCAUCGGUGUGAGUGGAAAUUUCUAUUUUUCUGGGGUAGUGUGAGCUUUUUAAUAACCGUGUAAGCGGGUUUCUCUGACUAUGUCAUAUCACAAACUGUUACAGACUCGGCAUCAGCUGAUGUGACAUAUGGAGAGAGGCCGAUUACCUUGAAAGUCUCAUUGGACUCUUAUCAGAUCCACAGACCUGUUUAUAAACAGGUUCAGAUACCAAUCAUAUGAUAUAAUAAUAAUAAUAAUAAUACACUGUUAGCAGCCAUUUGCAAUUGGCCAAAACAAUAAUAAUUUGAGAUAAUUCCACCAAAUAUGCCAAGGUUUGGAUUAAAUUGUAAGAAUCAAAAACCAUUUUGUAAAAAAAACAAACAUGCAGUAAGAAAAAAAAAAAAAAGUGUCCAGAUUCGCUCCAAGUCAGUUUUUUUGUUGUUGUUCAUUUGUUUUGACACUUUUCCUUCCUAUUACUACCCUUCGUGUGAUUGUCUAUUAGCAAGUGGGGGUGUUCAAAGUCUAUAACACAGAGUUACCUGUGGUUCUAUUGCUAUGUUGUUGUGAUCUGCAUAUUUUCAGGCACAGCGCUCACAGCUGAGCGUCCGGCCAGUCAGACAAAAUUAAAUUGGCAAACGACAGUCAAAAUGUCUCGUUUGCCGUUUUUUACCGUUGUAGCUCUUCUGUCGCUGCGGCCCAGAAUGCAAUACGGCCACAGCGCAAUAUGUCGGGGAGAAGUCUCCCUUUGCAGCCUUUUGUACUCCAAAUGUUUGCAAACAUGCUGGCCCUUUAAGUUGUUUGUAAGAGGCAAUCUGGAGAGAAACACAAAUAGCUACAACAAGCAGACAGAGGUGAAGUGGCGACAACAAAUACUUUUUGGUGUUAUCUCGCCUUUUUUUUUUUUUUUGUAAAUUUGUGGCGUUUGCGAAACUAUGUCGCAUGAAGCCUGUUGUCGCCUUCAGUGACUGGCCAGACAGUUCAGCGUGGACACACAGCGCCACCAGCCUGCUAGUUAGUAUUUGCUUUAUGUAUUAGUUUAGCAGUUGUGCACGAAGAGGAGCACUACACUGAGGAGAAAAAAACAAAAACAAUAUUGUGCAUCCGUUGUGAUUUUACCACAAUUAAAGGUUUGGAUUUGCAAAACUA